UUACUCUUUUUUGGCAAAGCCAUUAUACUUUAGGACCUUAAGAUUGCAAACACGAAAAUUUACUCCACACGAGUAAAUACAAAAUAAUACCGAUUUAUAUAUUUUGAAAAAUGAUACACGAUUCGUGUAUCACGAAAGACAGACCACGGUGCACGUUACUUGUGAAUUAGUAAACUUAACCUCAAAAACGAUAUUCAUGGGUGAAUGAGUCCAUAAGAAGCUGUCGUCCAAAAAUGAUUAAACAAAGAACGAUAAGGAUAAAUGAUAAAGAUCUGAAAGCAUGAUAUUUCUAAACCUAAAUUUAAACUUUUGUAAUAACUUUUGUAACUUUUACUGCUAUAUUAAAUUGUAAAAUUAUUUUGUGUGUGGUAAAUUAAUUGAUAGAUGAAGUGAUUAACUAAUAAAUUAAAAACCCAGAUUUGUUAUGAAAAAUCACGUCGGAUAGGAUUUUAUUUUGUGAUUACUACACGUCUACACUGUUACUGAAAUUUUUCCAUUUUUCAACUUCUUAUCUCUUAUCAAUGGACCACUUGCACCAAUGUGUAUUAUUUUUCAACUAUUGUUGUUCGGUAGUUGGUUUCUUUGGUAAAAACGGCAAUGCGAUUCCUCGAAAUACCAGCUGAUCGGACGUAAACAAAAGGACCGUGCGGCGAUUGGACAGUUGGCGUCAUAUGUUUUUUGAACUCUUCUCCUUACCCCAUCACCCCGACGAGCAAAAUGAGGACACGGCACUACGGCAGUAUUACAACAUACACACAUACACACACGCAAAUCUAAUAUUAUAUUUAAAUUACACACGAUUAAUAGACUAUAUAGUGUAUUAGUGUAUAACAUAUAUUUCAUAUAUAUAUAUAUAUAUACGUUAUACAUCCGUAAUCCGUAUACACGGCAUAGACACAAUAUAAUUUUGUUUUUUUUUUCUCCGUACGCUGGCAAUAGCCGCAGAACGACUCCUAAAUAAUAUUGCAUUAUACUAAAUUUUUGUUGGUUUUUUUUUUCUUUCGAACACCUAGAAGAACAUACGCGUGCGUUCCGUACUAUCGUUACGAUUUUUUUUCUACCGUUUCCGGAUUAUAAUAUUAUUCAGGUACGGCUCGUUUAUUUACCGUGUGUUUACACACACAUUGCGCUGCGCGUACGCGCACACACAACAAACACGCGAUCGCGUGUGCACACAAGACGGCAACGACGACGACCUCAACAACAACAAUAACAUUACGGGCGACAUACCGACCGCUGUAGUUGUAAUUGUUUAGGCGGCGAAUACGAGGGACUUUACCAUAGAUUUACCGAAUCUAGCGGAAAGUAACGUGAAAUCAAAAAUAAUAUCUAUGUCCCGCGGUCGGCGCGCGUUUAAUAAUAAGUUAUAGCGCGUCGUACGAGUGCCGCGGCACGUUUCGUUUUCGGGGUUUCGGUUAGCGGCAGCAGCGACCACCCCGCUACUUACCCCUGUCCGUAGGUCGCUGACGAAAUACCCACAGAAUCGCUGCGAGCCGAGCUGCUGCUGCAGCUGGCGCUGUUUCAGUGGCUGUGCCUUGCGCGUUUUAUAGGUUAUGUUUGCUUUGUUGUCACUCGAUAUUUUUGUGUGUAUUAUUAUUUUUCUACUGUACCUACCUACUGCUCCGCCGCCGUAGUCUCGUAUUAUUAUACCUGUAUGUGUGUUUUUGAAUGCCCAGCACAGCGAUCGUUUUUCCGAGUGUCUCUCGUACACUACUCGUCAUCUCGUGGAUUUUUUCCGAGUCGUCCGCCGCCACCGUCGUUGUCGCCGUUAGUUUUGCCGCACACUCGAAGAAAAGGUUAGAUUUGUCCGACGUUUUUUCCACACACCGUUGCUUUUCGUAUCGAAUUCAUUUGCUCCCCAACCCCGUUUACCUGAUAUUUUCGAAAUUUUUCUUAAUACACACCACUCGACUUGUGUCCCUUUGUACAUUUUAUGAAAACGAUCAACAGGUUCAGUGUGUGUGUGUGUAUGCGUGUGUGUGUGUGUGCGUUUUUUGUGUUUGUAACUCGCAAUUAAUAGUCAAAUCCCUAUUGUUAUUUUUUUUUUUUUUGUUCCAGCGUUUAACGUUCAUACUACUUUUUUUUUUAAAAAAAAAAAAAGGUGAAAUCAUGACGGACUCCAUAAAGUUUGGCCCAGAGUGGUAAGCACGUCUUGGUUUUAUAUAUAUACUCUUAAAUACCUAUGUGGGUUUAUUGGUUUAUUAUAAUAUUAGGUAGGCCUUUGUUUAUUUAUUUUAUUUUGGUAGGUACUUGACAUCAUCAUUGCCAAUAUUUUAUUAACUACACAUGACAUUUCAAUAUUUCUACUGCAUGAUAAAAUGCACGGGUCGUUCGAUUUUUUUAAUGUUAAUGAUAACCACUUAAUAAUGAUAUUAAAUAUUUUCUAACUUAAUAUAUUAUGUUUUAAAUAAUUUUAGUUUUGCUUUAACUUUUACUGUAGGUAUAUAAGCAAACAUGGUUCCCAUGCUUGUUUGUUAAAUUGCAUUUUUUUUUGAAAUGUUAAAUUGUAUUGUUUUAUAGAACCUAUAGCUUAUUUGAUAAAUUGUUUCAACAAUUAUCACACAAAUAAAAAUUCACAUAACAUUUUUUAUUUUUGUUACAAAAUUUAGUCUAAGCAAAUGGGUACUAUUAACUUAUAUUAUACAUUCAUACACAAAAUUGUCUAUCCAAUAUUUGUAUAGAAUUAUUAUACAAUAAAUAAACAUGUAUAUUAUUUAUAUCCUCAAGGCUAAUAAAAUUAGUUCAAUAAAAUUCAAAAUUUUAUUAUUAAUUUUGGUUUUAUAAAACAAGAAGUAUUAGAUUGUAUUUUUAUAAUUUAAUACAAAUUUUAAUAAUAUGCACUAAGGCACUUUUAUAAAAUUCUCAAAGAAAAAAAAAGCAACGAAAAUAAUGAUAAACUCAUUAGUGUGAGGUAUAUGUAGUUUACAUUAUUGUAUUUUAUUGUGAACCUAUAUUAAUGAAUAGGUAUUAUUAUCAUUUCGUAUUUUUAAUUUUAUUAAAACACAAGUUUUUGUAGUUUUGUAGAUACAGUGUCAGUAAUAUUAUCUCCUAUUUUUACCUAUUGUUAUAAAAACUUAAACCUUAUCAUAAAAUAUUCUAGGUACCUACUUGACCUUUUAUCAAAUUAUUGAGCCUUUUUAUGGAGCCAAAAUAUUAAAUAACAAUUUAAAAAUAUUCUUCGCAGAAUGGGUGGGCCAUUAGGUGAGAAGUUGGUAUGGUAGAGGGAAAAUUGAAUGUGUAUCUGUACGUAAAGAAUAAUCAUCUCUAAUGAAAAACAAUUCUGGGCGGAGUUUGGUUAUACAUGUUUCGAUAGGCUGUAAUAUUUACGAUUUUAUUACGAUUAUAUAUAAUUAUUUAACUAUAUAAAUACAUAUUACGUAAUAUUUGAAAAUAAUACAUUUUCCCUUUUACCUCCAGUCUUUCCCAUUUAUUACAAAAAAACCUGAGAAAAUCAAAAACUGACCUUCCUGAAGUACAAUCAAAUUUGCAUUCUUAAAAUGUGCUACACUUGAAAAUUGGAGCAAAAUGUCUGGUAGAAAAGUUGUCAGAAAAAAAUAAAUGUCAUUCUAAAACCAAUACAUGGUUAGUUCGCUUAGAAUCUAAAAGCAAUUCAGAUUUUUACGGAAACCAAUAUUGAGUAAUAAUCCCGGUUUUUCGACUUUGUUUUCUCCAUUAUAAGGAACAACACUACAAGGUAAAUCCUUAAUGUGCCAUCUAGACAAAACAGAAACAAUGCCUUUUGUUAACCAUUAGAUCAAAUAUUCUGGUAAAAAAACAUGUACUCAUAGUUAAUAAUAUAAAAAUAAUUUAACUAAUAGGUACAUUACUUAGUUUGCUCAAAAUUUGAAUAGUUGAAAUGUACAGUAGGUUAAAUAAAAUAAACAAUUUUUUUCAAUUUAGGUAGUAUCUAUCUUAAUGUAGUCAUCUAGUUGAUAUUAUGCGUUUGAUAAAUCAUACUUUGUUAUUUAUUACAGGUAUAUUAAAUUUAUUAAAUGCUAAAAUUAAUUAAAUUUUAGCACUUGUUGAUUUAAAAUGCUCUAGGGAAAAAUAAUGUUUAGAUCAUCUAUGAUAGCCAUUUAAAUUUGUUAAACAUUGUUUUAUGUGAAAUGUAUACAAUAGGUUGAGGAACAUGUCUCAAGGCAUAUCCAAACCACAACUUGCUGAACAUAGAUAUGGGCGAGAAGAGAUGUUGGCCUUAUUUGAUAUUUCUUCGUGCAAUGUACCGCCAGAAUCGCUUAAAGAAUUAUCCAUGGCGUAUAGCGAUAAGCCUCAAACACCAUUGUCUUUACAACAAAUGUCUGAAGAAGAAACUGUAGGUUUAUAUAUAUAUAUCUAUACAUCUAAAUGUAAUGUGUUUCAAUUUAUAAAGUUAUUCAAAUUCAUCAUAUUAUUUUAGAGACUUUGGAAUCGAGGUAUAAAUAGUGACACAAUUGUCAGGGCAUCUGUACGCCCGACUGGUGCCAGAAGUACUGCUAACAUUGAAGUCCGUGGUGCUAGUACCAGUGCCAGGGGAAGAGGUGGCCGUGGUGGUUAUUAUUAUAAUACUACACGGCCAGGCUAUGAAGAAGGCCCUGAAGGUGGAGGUUCGCCAAUGAACCGAGGUCCACACAGACCAUUCGAACGUCUGAAUUCGGUAAAAAUUAUACUUAUAAUUUAAAUUAUGAGAUUAUAUAUAUUCUUGUUAUCCUGGAUGUAGACUAGACUACUUAAUUGUCAUUCCUGAUACUGGGAUUACUUACUAUAUUUUUGGAGAGUUAUUUGGAAAUAUUUGAUGUGUAUAUAUUAAUAAAGUUGAUUUCCUAUAUAAAUUGUUUAAAACUUUGACAUGGUCCAUUAUAUUUUUCAGUUUUCCCAAUAAAUCACUUAAUAAUAUAUGUGUGUAUUGAAACUUGUAUAAGGGUUAAAGAAAUUGUUUUGUAAAUUUGCCUUAUAAACUGGCACAGUAUAUAAAAUGUUGAUAAUGUACCCAUGGACCGGUUUUUUGUUGCAGACUAGUAAAUAUUUCAAUAUUUAAUGAAUGAAAAACUGGGUAAAAAUAAAUUUUACACAUAUAUAAGUUAAAGAUAAGUAGUUUAACCCCUAAAAAGGUAAUCCCAUUAACAGGAAUGAUACACUCUUAGUCCUGAUAAUAGUGCCUAAUAUAAAUAUUGAACCUACAUAUAAUGAUAAUAUUAAUUAGAUUUAUUAAAUACUAAUAAGUAAUUUAUUUUAUAGAAUGAAAGAAAUAUGAGUCGUAAUGGCGAGUAUACAAAUGAUUGGAGAGGAAGAGACGAAACCAAUUGGUGGAGGAAAAAUAGGGGUGGUUCACAACAAGGACAAUCUGAAGAAUCAAACAGUCGUUGGGGAAGAACUCGUUCAGAUUCUUAUAACAAUGAUAGAUGGCCUGCGGGACGACCAUCAUCAAGGUAUGAAGAAGAUGAAGGAUGGGAUAAUCGUGGUGAAUCAAGGUGGUCUAAUAAUUCUAAUACUAAUGAACGACGAAGACUUGAUUGGGGAGAUAAUUUGCCUGAAUGGUAUUUUACUUGUUACUUAAUAAAAUAACUCUUCAUUCAUGUAUUUAAAUAUUUUAGGGCUGUAGAUAAUCCUGGUGAAAAAGGCGGAAGUUUUGAUUCAUCUGGUGCUUUCCACGAUAAUCAUUAUGAAGAUCAUCGUUAUAGUAUGGGAGAUGAACAGUCAGGAGAGGUACGAUCGUUAAAUCAAAUUUAAUGAAUAUAAUACUAGUAUUUUAAUAAUAUAAAUUAUUGGUAAUAAUACAUUUUAAUAUUAGAAGGAACAAGAAUACGAAGAAGAAAUUCAUAAUGAUACUAGUGUUAAUAAUUUAGAAAGCUCAACUGUGUCACCAACUAAAGAUAAACAGUUAAAUGGUAGCCAAGAAAAAGAAGGUAUGCAUCAAAUAUAUAUUAUAUAUAAAUAUAUAUAAUAUAUUAAAUAUUUUUAUUUGAUUAAAUAUUAAUUAAACAAUUUGAAUAAUAUACAACUUUUAAUUUAAUAUAAUUAAAAUCAAACUUAUACAUUUAGUAAAUGACCAAAAUUCCAUGAAAAAUAAGAUAGGUAUGAUCACAUUAAUAUGUAUUCACAUUUUGAUCUAGCUCACCUUGCAUAUUAUUGUUUUUUUUAUCAUUUUUAUUGCUUAUGAUAAUUUUCGCACUUAUAUAAAAUUAUUAAUUAAUGUUCAACUUUGAUUUGCCUUCAUCCUAACUAUUUGGAGUUAGCUACACUUCAACUUGGUCCAUUACCCAACAUCCUUGCAUACACUAGUCAUUCUCAUAUUAUUCUCUAUAUCCCCUUCUUUUUUGGUAUUCCUCUUCCCCUUUAUUUUCCUACAUUUAUUUGCAUAACAUGCACAAAACAUCUCUGUGAGGUACUACAGACAAAAGUAAUAUAAUGGGGGUUAUGCCAACUUUUAAAUGCAUUUCAUAUGUGUUUAAACAACUUUUAAAGACUGUAAUUCUAUAAUUGGUGUCAUUUAGAAAAUAAAAAAAAUUAACUAUUUAAAUAACAUUUGUUAAACUAGAAUCUGCAUUGAUGACUGAAGUUAAUAAAUUAAUUAUAAAUGAAUUCUACUGUUAAUUUUUUUUUUUUUUUUUACCUAUAUUUGUUAUAUUAUAGUUAACAAUUCAAGUUAUAUGAUUAACACUGGAAUAGUAUUAUAUUAAACGAUAAAUUAAAUAAUUUCAAAUAUGAAAAAUAAAAAUAAAUAUUAAAAUCGAAUGAACCCUAUGAAAUUCAAGUCUAUUCCUCUUAUUGUUAUUUUUUUGCUAUACUUCAAUAUUUUCUACAUUGAUCGAAAUUUCAAAUUUGUGUAUUACUGUUUGAAUCCUUGUGUUAUGAAUAAGUAUAUAAUACUAGUUAUAUCAUGUAUAAUGGUAGCAACUAAUGAAAACCAAAUUCAUUCUGAACUUUUCAAAAAAUGAAUGAUAAUUUAAAAAUAUACGUAUUACUUAGGUAUUUGGAGGAUAGUUAUUUUUCCCUUUGGACCUUUGUUUUUAAAGGUUUUGUAAGAUAGUAAAUUAUAAUUCUCUAUUUAUAUUUAAUUUAUGUGAAUUUAAAUGUCUAGAACGAUUAUAUAGCAUCAUUAAAAUAUGCUGGUGUAAAACUUGUUUUUAGUCCACAUAUAUGUGUGUUAAUAAUUUUGUAUAAGUAAUAUUUUUAAAUGUUUUACAUAACAAAUUUUAACAAAACCCUUAUAAUAAUUCUAGAAAUUUAAAUUUUUGGAGAUAGGUAUAUCUUUAUUUAUUAAACUGUUUGUUAGUUCAAAUUAUAUAACUAAUAGUGGCAACACUGGUAGAUUGUAAUUUUGAAUCUAAUUGUUUAACUAAUCUUAUGUUGAUUAUUGUUUAGAAAUUGUGUCAUCGUCAAUAUCCACUUCGCCAACACAGAAUGAAGAAGUAAUAACUUCCCCUGACCAGUUUAUAUCUAUGAGACAACAACAUCAACAUAACAUUAAUACCCAAACUCAAGAUACAUUUACACCCAAUGAACAAGUAAUUGUAAACCACCCUGAACCCAUAAGAAUACAUCAAGUUACAGAUAAUCCAGUCGGUCACAGUAAAAGCAGUCCAGCGAUUCCACUUAUGUCUGACUGCCAACCAAAUAAUAUGGAAAAUAUUCAAAAUAUAAGAGAGAUAUCUGGCAUGCCAAAUCAUGUAGACAAUGCUAAUAUUAAUUCUAUCAAUCGAUCAACAAGUUAGUUAAUAUUUUUUAACAAAAUUAAGCAGCUCAUUAAAAUACAAAACCUUAAAAAAUAAAAGUGCUGAUCUGAUGGGUAUGCUAUUGUUAUUGGUGGGAAGGUAGGAUACUUACUGUAAAUUAAAUUAAUGUUAACAAUACAAUCCUGAGUGAAUUUCUGUUUUAUACAAUUUUUAUCAAAAUUUACUUAAACAACUUAGAAAAAAAUAAUGAUAAACGCAUUACACCCAAUUAUUAUUUUUUUUUUUCGCUACUCAGUACAAAGUAUCUCGUGUUAAUCAUUGCUUUUUAGCCAAACAAUUUUAUUUUUAUAAAUCAAAUAGAAACUUUUAAAUAAAAAAUACUUGAUAGCUUGAAAAUCCCAGAUUUUUUUUAACAUUUUAUCACGUCUAGAAAGGCCAAUAUAAGUAUUCUGUAAAAAUUUCAGGUCUACAGUUACUUUUAACCGAAUUGCAACAAAAACAAAAUUGAAAAAUAAUGAAACAGUUUUUCUAUUAAGAAAAUGGUAUGGAAAAUCAUUUUUUUAAGCGCCAACUAGACAAAAAAAAUUUUCAGAAAAGAUGCUACACUUGAAAUUCGGAGCCAGAUUUCUGGUAAAAGAAUAAUAUCGAAAAAAAUGAAACUUCAUUAUUAGCAAUAAUAAUGCAUUAUAAUUCAUAAAUCUACAAGAUUUUUUUGUUAUUUGAUUGGAGCAAGAUUUCGAGUAGACUUCGCAGGCACACAUAGUAAAGUCCAUACAUUUCUUACUGCAUUCAGAAUCUAAAAGAUAUACAUCAUCAUAAUGAAACCUAUUUCAUCUUAUUAAAACAAAAUUUAACCUAUAUUGGUUUUUGUUGUAUAAUUCAUAUUUGUCAUCAUUAUGGAAGAACUAUUAAGUAGAAUUGGGAUGACUUGCAUCUAGGGCACACCUAUUCGUAACUACAAAUAUUGAAUAAUUGAAUACUUAGUAAUAGUUAAUGAUAAUUCAUUUUGAGAUUAAAAUAUUUAGGUUUGAAUGCUAAUGCUAAUCAUCGAAUUGAUACAUUGGAUGCGGAAGCAGAAUCAAUGGUAUCCAGAUUGACCAGUGACAAUUUCAAAAUUGGGCCAUCAUCACAUACACCAUUAACACCAAUAGUUAAUAAUAAAUGGUAUUAUAGGGAUCCUCAAGGCGAAGUUCAAGGUAAAUUAAUGUUAUUAAAUUUAGAUUAUCUGAGAAAACGUUUGAUUUCUUAGGUCCUUUCACGACUACUGAGAUGGCAGAAUGGUAUAGUUUAGGAUACUUCCACGACAACAUGUUAAUGGUGAAGAGAGAAUGUGAUGAACAUUUCUAUUCUUUGGGUGAUCUUGUGCGUUUAAAAGGAAAUGUUCCUUUUUCUGACAUUCCAUUUUCGGUAUUUAUUCUAUGAGGUUUAUUUUUAUAAAUGGUUUUUUAUACUUGAAAAAAUAAUCUUGAAUAUUAUUAUUUUAGGAACGAGAUGUGAAAAUAACUACUCGAAUAGGAGUACAGCCUCCUCUAACCCAUAACCCUUUUAAUUUAAAUGAAACAAUAGUUCUUCAUCAGCAACAACAUUAUCAAUACAGGCAACUAUUAUUAAAGUAAAUUUAAAAUUAUUUGAAGAUUAUUCCUUAUAUUUAAUUAAAAUAAAACUUGAUUUCUAUAAACCAUGUAGUCUUAAACAUAUAUAUAUAUAUAUAUGUGUGUGUGUGUUAUAAAAGUUCAAAUAUUUUUUUUAGUCAAAGAGAACUAGCUAUUCAAAAUGCAGUUCAUCAAUUGUCCCAAUCAGAGAGGUGGAAUACUUUAUCACCAAUUGAACAACAACAGGUAAUACUAGUUUUAACAAAUAAAUAUUACUAUAAUAUUUAUUUUAUAUAACAUGGCUUUGUUUUAUUUUUAGAUGAUAAUGCACCAAAUUCGAAAUGUUGAAGCAAAUACAACAAUUCCCCCUUUUUUCUCUGCUCCACUUCUACCUCAGCCACAACCGACCAUGCACCCAAUGAAUCAACCAUCUAAUAAUUUAAUGGUGAUGUUAUCUCAUAUGCAACAACAACAACAACAUUUUAAUCACGUAAAUUAAAAAUUGAUGUUAUUAUAUAAAAAAAAAAAGUAAAUUAAAAUUGUUAAAAUUUUCAGCCAAUUGAUCCUAAACAUAAUGUACACGUUGUACCACCAUCUCAACCAAUGGCUCAACAACUGGAUCCUCUUCACUCAUUAGUACACAGUAUGGGAGGUUUAAAAACUGCCACUCCACCACCAAUGAAUACACCUCACCAUCAUCAAAAUUCCAAUGUAAUAAGACCUAAUAGUGCUCAGUCAGAAAGCAAUCCUAUAUCAGAUCUUUUAAGGCAAUUGGGUGCACCUCAAGAUAAACCUCUUAAAGUAAGUUUAUUUUAUUCCUAAUGAAAAUUGAAAAUCUGUAUUAAGUUAGAUUAAUCAUCAGGUAGCUGAAACUAGUGUUUGGGGGGUUGACUUUGCUGGUCCAGACAGUAAGCCGAAAAUGAAUGGUCCAAUUGGAAUAACUGGUUGGCAAACUGGUUCUACAGGUGACAUAACUCAACAAACACCAAGUGUUAUAUGGGGAUCUGGAGAGUAUACUAAAAUUAUUGGUGCUGAUCAUCAAGCCAUUGUUAGUAAUAUGAAAUUGUUUAAUAUAUUUUUUUUAAAUUUAAUUCUCAUUAAAAAUUGAUAAUAUUUAUUGUUUUUAUGUUGAAUUAUUAUUCUUUUUUUUUUCUUUUUAUAUAUAUAUAUAUAGGAAGAGGCAAUUAAAGAAGAAGCAAGACGGAGUGAAGAAGCCAGAAAACAGGAAAUAAUGUAUUGCAUGUUAAUAUAUUUAUAAAACUAUGCAUUAAAGGAAUUUAUUUUAAUUUAUAGUUUACAAAAAGAACAAAUACGAAAAAGGGAAGAAGAAAAGUCUAAAAUCCAAAAUGAGUUGAAAAAAAAACAAGAACUGGAAAAAGCAAAAUUGGAAGAAGAAAAAAAGAAGGUUUAAUAUUAUAUUAAUAAACUAUUUUUUUAUUUUUUAAGAAAUAUCAAGAUUAAUUUACCUACAAAUUUGUAUAUAAUUUCAGGAAGAAAUUCGUAGAAAUAAAGAGCACGAAAAAAGAUUAAAAGAAGAAGCAGAAAAGAAAAAAAUUGAAAAAAAGAAACUAGAAGAAGAACAGGCGAAAAAACGUUUACUUGAAAAGAAGUUAAAAGAGGAGAAAGAAAAAAGACUGCAAGAAGAAAAAAGGAAAGAAGAAGAGGAAAAGAAAAGGUUAGUUAUACAAUGAUUUUAUACAAUUUUAUUGGUUAUAAACAGGGCUCGUAAUUGGCAAAUGUUAUAAAAUCCGAGCUUUGGUUAUGAAAAAUGUUAAAUUUUAAUUUCUAUUUAUGUGUACAUACAGGGUGAUCAAUUUAAUAAUAAAAAUAUUCCACUUUUAAGUUUGGUGGUUGAGUAAGAGUAGUAGUGCAUUAUUAUUUAUUAGAGUGCUGUGCACCGUUUUAAUGAUGGUCCAUUACUCUCUCUCAAACCCAAAUUUAAAAGUAGAAUUUCUUGUCAAUUGAUUGUCAGAAAUUAAAAAUUUCAACACCAAAAAUUUAUUUUAAUUAAUACUCCAUCUAUGGAAUUCUUAAUACAGAUUGACGUUUGAAAAUCAAAUGUAGGUACUGGUUUUAACCACAAAAAAUAACAUAAAUGUAUAAUUGUAAAGUACAAUCUAUAAAACAAAUUCUGCAAAAAAAAAAAAACUUUCUGAGAUGAGUCGUCUUGCGAUAACUUGAUCAUUCUGUAUAAGACUACAAAGAAAAUUAGAUGUUAAAAUUUAACCAAGGUUUGAAGUUUAACAAUGCGUGGAGACAGAUAAAAAAUACAGUCUUGAAAACUUUAUAUCCAAAAUACAUAUUUAGCAGACUUUAUAAGAAGAUAUUGGUGAGAGGUGUUUUGGGGAAUCAUUGUGAGCUAAUAAUUAAAGUAAUAAUGCAAAACCCAAAUGGUAAAUGAUUUGGAAAAAUAAAGAAUUAAAUGGGAAAACUAAUAAAAAAAAAGUUGUUGGUAGUUCAAAUUGGAAAGAAAAUGCAACAUAUGGAGAAGGGUGCUUAGAGGCCAUGAAUAGAUUCUCCCAGUUUAAGUUAAUACAUAUUUUCUAUCUUUAAGUACUAUGAUUAUCUAUAGUUAAUCUAUGUAUUGAAUAUAUUAUAAAAAGGAACUUUCUUACCUUUGACAAUUAAAUAAAAUAUUAUUAAUACCCAUUUUUUUUUUCAUUUGUGGACCAAAUUAGUAACUCAUUAAUAUAAAAAAAUUAAUUUUCUAAUAAAUAAAUAAAUUAAUUUUCUAGUAUUAUUAUAUUUAAAAAUUCAAGUUUUAUUCAUUCUUUAGGAAUUGAAUGUACCUUAAAUCAAAUUCCUUAUUUUUGAAAUCCCCUAUGUACAGAUGAGAUGAUUAAGAUAAUCAAUAAAAAGGGUUAUUAGUGGGUUCCAGCGGUAAAGAACAUUUCAAGGUCAUAUUAAAGAGUCAAGAAUACCAGUUAAUAAUGGGAUUCUUAUUGUAAACAAACUUUCUACUAUAAUUAAAUACAAAAUAGUCGAUUUGGUUUUUUAUUUUUUUUUUAUGUGUAGGUGGUUUCUGAUAUCAGCAAUUUAAUUAUGAGUGAAAAUAUACUCUACCUUACAGUAAGUCUCAUUUAAAUUGGUUCAUCUGUUUCCGAAAUUAGUGGGGAUAUGUAGACAGGCAGACACUUACAUUUUAUUUUUAUGAAUAUAAUUUUAUUAUAUAUAGUUUAAAAAAAAAUAUAUAUAUAUAUAUAUGUGUAAUAUAUGAUUUAUACUGUUACGUACGCCUUUUAUUAACUCAGUUUCAGUUUGCAGUCAGAAAUUAUACACAAUAAUUUCACAAUUAUAUUUUACACUCACACUUAAAAAGUGACACAACUCUAAAAAUGUGAUUUUCCAUUUUAUCAUGACAUAUGUUAAAUAAAUAUCAUAAUUGUAUAGUAAAAAAAACAUCUAAAGUCUAUUCCUAUUUUUUCAGUAAUAGAUAGCACAAAUGUUACUUUUUUAUAAAUUACAUUUUACUGAAAAAAUAUUACCAAAAGUGUCAUAUCUCAGUUACAGACUGUUAAAUUAAACAGGAAAAUUAAAAGGAACUCUAUAAUGAGCCCUCUAGUACAUAGGUUUCCUUAUGUGUGGGUUAUGGUAUAUUUUUAAAUAAUACAUUUUUAAAAUGAUGAGUGAAGCAAGGAAUGUAUUGGUUUUACAAUGAUGUUUAUUUUUUAAUUUUUUUUUUAUAUUCAUAGAUAACUUUUCUGCCGGAAAUCUUGCUCCAUUUUACAAGCACUUUUUCUGAAAAGAAAUUGAACUGGGGAGGUACUUUACAAAAGUCAUUUUUUGAUUUUCCCAAGAGUUUUCCUACCAACAAGUUGGAUCUAUACUUGCAAAUAAGAGUAUGUGACAGAAUAAACUUCAUGAAUCAUUCAGAAAUGAAAAAUAAAUUUCAAAAAAGGGCCAUUUAUAUUAUUGUGGGACGCCAAAAUUUAAAUUAUUUCUAACAUGAGUUGAACCAAAAAAAGUUUGGGGACCUCUGCUCUAGCAGAUUUAAAGCAUGUUAUAGGGCGCCUUUAAAAAUAAAAUAAAAUAAAUUUCUGGACAUUAGUAAAAAAACAACCAUAUUCCGCAGUUAAGUUUUAUAAUAAUUUACAUUAACACUAGGUAUUAUAUACAUUUACUAUUUAUCACUAUUCUCACUUUUUAUCAUUUAUUUCAUUGAUUCUCCAAAAAAACUCACUUUUCUCACUUUUUCAAAGUUCUUUAAAUAUAAAUUAAUUAUUCCCAAUUUUCAUAAUCAAUUUUUACUAAUAGUUUUAUUUACUUAACUAAUAACUAUAUUUUUUAUUUAUUAGAAAAUCAAUUCAAAAUUUUUUCCAAGAAAAAAACCGGAUCAUGAAAUAUAAAUAAUAUUUUAGUAUCAUUAUGAAUACCUAUGGCUAUAAAGUAUUAUUAUUAUAAUGAUAACAAAUUGACUUCUUGAAAAAUUUAAAUUAGGUACCAUAAUUUAAAACUAAAACAUUUAUUUGGGUAACCAAACUUGUUUUAUCAUAUGUAAUAUUAUGUAUAGUAUAUUGUAUUAUUAAUUAUUUUAAAUACAUUUUUUUUAAAUAUAAUUAUUACAUUUGUUGGGUUAAAUUUUAUUUAUAUUAUAAUAUACCUACUGUUGUAAAUAUUAAGAAGAAUUGUCUUAUUAAUGUUAUUUUAUAACUUGUAUAACUAUGGAAUAAACAAUUUUAAAAAACAAGUGAAAGUAUUAAAAAUUGUGUAUUAUUUUAUAUUUUGAUUAAAAAAAUUCACUUCAAUGAAAAUAAUACUCAUAUUUAAUAGAAAAUUACUCAUUCAAUUGAAACUUAAAAAUUAGUAGCAACCCUGGUUAAUAUGCACUACCUAAAUUUAACCCAGACUUAGAUUACAUUAAUAUUGAAAACAGCGUUCCUUUAUCUCACUAAGUCAUGUUAUUUUAUUAUUAACUGCAAGUUAAAUUUAUAAAUUUUGUUUUAAAUAAUUGUAUAAAGUUUAAUCUUCAUGAAAUUGUAUUAUAUUUAAUGAAGGCAAUAAAGAUUCAAUUUUAAUUUAAAAUAAUUGUCUUUCCUUAAAAUAAAUAGUUGUAACAAUUAUAAUGUAAAUUAUUACAUUUAAAACGCCACACACAAAACUUUAUAAAAAAAACGACAAAUUAAAAUAAAUAAAAAAUUUACAAACUCAACAAUUCUAGAAAUAAGAUAAAACAGUGAGUUUAGUGAAAAAACCAAAUAAAUUGAUCAAUUAAUGAAGUUAUUACAAAAUGUACUUUUUUAAUUAACUUUAUUGAAAAAUCACAUUUUUUGAGUUGUAUCACUUUUUAAGUGGGAGUGUGAUAAAUUAAUUUGUUGAAAAAUAAUUACUUUUUAAUUUAUUUUUACAAUUUAAUUGGUGUGAAGGUGCUCACAUUAGAUAAAUCAAGACUUGUCUGAAAAUGUUUUCUCGGUACGUAUACUCUGGGCCCCCCAGCUAGAUGUACUAGAUGCGCUUUUUGCAUAAUAACAUGUUCAUCUGGUCAAUAAUGUUCCUACUAUAGGGCUCACACCUGUGUGUGUGUGUGUGUGUGUCUGUGUGUGUGUAUAUAUAUAUGUUAUAACUAUUUUAUUUAUGAUCACACCAGUCCAUAUAUAUAUUUGAUAUCUAUAUAGUGUUGCGAGUCUUAUUUUUGUUAAUAUGGUUCCCUUGUAAUUAAGUGCGUGAGCUGUUCUAUAAGUGUAUAUCCGAGAUUCAGCCUCCCAUUGCGAUGGCGUUGGUAACUUGUUCCUAACAAAUGUGGACAGACUUGGUGUGAAGAUAACCUCCGUGUGGUCGGUUAGUCUUAAAGUGCAAUUUUCCUGGGCCUCCUCCACUCAUGGCGUAUCUAUAUUUUCUACUAUGUUGUGUUAAUAUUGUAUAUUAGCCGGGAAAAGACUAUGCAGGCAGUUGCGGAACAUACAUUACAAAUUUAAAAACUAAAUAUUUGUUAUUGAGUUAUUUUAUAUUACAAUUUAGAAAAGCUGAAUUAAAGAAAAAAGAAGAACAGAAAAAAAAAGAGGAACAAAAAAAGAAGGAAGAAAUAAAACGAAAGGAAGAUGUUAAAAAACAAGACCAAAAGAAAAAAGAUGAAGACCAAAAGAAAAAACAAGAAAAUUUAAAACCGAGUUCUGUUCCAAUUGUCACUGAACCACAAAAGGUUAGUAAAGUUAUUUAAUUACCAGUUUAUCCAGUAUACUUUGUUGCCCAUUAAAAUAAUUCCACUUGUUAACCUAUUGUUGAAUUGUCAACAAACAAUCCAGUUUUUCUGUAAGGUACAACUGUAUUAACUCCAUUUUUUAUGAAAAAAAUGUAUCAAUAUAAAUACAAAAAAUCAGUAGUUCCAUGAAGAUGUGAACCAUAAGAUAAGUGUAGUUGGAUAAAGUGGAUUAUAAGGAUCAAAUGUUUUAAAUGACAAGAGAAUUCUUAUCAGACACAAUCUACAAAAGUGUGCUGAAACUAUAUUGUAUGAUUUGUAGACAUAAAGUAGGAUUCUAUGAGUGAUGAAAACGCUAGAUGGAUGAGUGUAGUUACUAAAGUAGAUAAGAUAAAGGAUCAGUACAUUAAUGAUAGUUCAGUUGUGACUUCCAUAGUAUACAAAAUGAGAAAAAUUAAAUUAAGAUGGUUAGGACAUGUCACGGGAAGAAUAAUCUGAAGCAGUAAGAAUGGUUAUGAAAAUAAAACUAGAAGGAAAGAGUUAAAAAUAUUAAAAAAAAGUUGGUUGGAUACUAUUAAGAAUAUGAGAACAGUCAGUGUAUGUGAGAUGGAAGAUUGGGUCAAGUAAAAGUUUAAAACGAAGGUGGCCGACCCCAAAUAGUUGGGAACCUAACCUUGAAGGUGAAGGAGAAAAGGUGUAUAUAAAAUGUAAAAUAUUGGAAACAGUCAAAAAUAGUAAUAGAUAUUUUAAAUUAUUUUUGUUAACUAACUUAGAAAUAUGAAAAGAUUUUCCCUCCAAAUAACACUUUCUAUUCUACCCUGAAGUUAUCUGCACAAUGAUCCGUUUAUAAGUAUAGGGCAUAUAGUCAAUGAAACAAGAUUUUAUUAAAUGAUAAGAACAUUUUUUGAUUAUUUUUAUUGAAAUAAAUGGCAUUAAAAAUUGUGUUUGUCUUAUUAUAAAUGAUAAAUAAAUCGUAUAAUUAGUGUUUGAAUAAUUUAAUCCAUUUAUCUAUUCCAGAAAAAGAAAAAAGACCCUCAAACAGUAGGCUAUAAUGGUUUGGAAAGUGGAUCUGCUCCAUGGGCUGCUACAGAUCAAAAGAAACCGGUCCAAGUUAAAUCGAUGGCUGAGAUUCAAGCAGAGGAACAAAAACGUGAACAGAUGAUAAAACAAAAAGAACGUGAACGUACUGAACGAGAAAUAUCUAUUGUAGCAAUCGAGCAGGCAAAACAAGAAAAAGCAAGAUCUGCUGUUAAAAUGCAGUCUUGGUCUAAUGUUAUAGCUAAAAAUGUUCCUCAGCCAACUCUUAUGGCCAAUAGUUCUGUCUGGGGAUCAUCCAAUCAAAUGAGUAUGUUAAUUAUUUUGAUGUAAUUUAUUUUUACUUGCCUAUAAAAUAUAGAUUUUACUAUCAAUCAAAAUUUUUUUUAUAAUUAUACCAACAUUUAGUUUAAAAUAAUUACGAAUAAACCAUACACUAAAUAUAUUUUUCAGUAAACAUAUUACUUAAAGUAGCAAGUGCAUCAUGCACAGUUGAGGCCUCACCAGAUAAUCCAUUGCUAACAUUUACAUACAAAUAUUCUGUUAAAUAUAUAGUUAGGAUGCAAUUUUCUAUGUAGUAUAAGUAGUUAUUCAAUUAUAAAAUUGUAGAUGCUGAUAAACAGAAAUUUACUAAAACACCAGCGGCUGUCACCAUUAAUAAUAAUAAAAGUGCUGUAAAAAAUAUUGUCAAAUCCGUAAAUCAAACUGCACAACAAACAAAAGCAAUGAAGAAAGUUAUUGAAAGUAGAGGUGAAAACAAUAAUUGUAAUGAUGAAUUUAGCCAAUGGUGUUGUAAACAUCUAGCAUCGCUUAAUAAAAACACUAUUGAUAGUAAGUAUUUUUUAAUGUGAUUUUAUGUGUAUUCAAUAUUAUUAGUGAAUAAUAAUAACUAUUAAUACAUACAAUAUAAUAAUUUUAUUAUAUUGAAAAGAAUUAACCAUUUGUGUUUAAUUUUUAAUUUAGUACCAACGUUUGUGACGUUUUUAAAAGAUGUCGAAUCUGAGUAUGAAGUGAAGGACUACAUUCAAAAUUAUCUGGGUGACAAUAAAGAAGUUCGUGAAUUCAUCAAACAAUUCAUUGACAAACGCUUAAAAAUACAAAAUAAACAAAAAAGUUCUGAUUUUGUAGAAAUGAAAGUGAGUAAUAUUUUUUUUUACCAUAAACGGUAUAAUUGUAUGUGUGUACAUUAAUUAAUUAAUUUUAACCUGUGGUUCUAAAUAAAUAAUUUUCUGGGAUGGUUGUAGAUAUUUAACAUUUAUUUUUUUUGUAAGAGGUAACAAUAUUGAUAUUAUUUUGUAUAAAUAAUUUACAUAAUUGAGGGUACAGUGAAUUUUUUUUACCUUUAUUUAUCUUUCUCACCAGUAAAAUGUAAAAUACCUUACAUUAAAUACAUUUUUUUUAAAUUUUAAAAAUAAAGUCAACCUAUGAUUUUUAGUUAAAUUGAUAAAUUUCAAUUUACAUCUUAUUAUAUUAAUGAAUUUAAAGUAUCAUAAUUUGUUCAAAAUUUAAAUUUGUCAAACAUAAUUUCUAAACAUUUUUUACAAUUUGAUUAAAAUAUUCACUGUCACCAAUCUCCUUAAGAAAGAAUUUGCAUAACAACAAAUAUUUUGCUAAAUUAUAUAAACCUCUGUCAAUUUUUUAAUGCGAAACUGAUACUUUUGACUGGUAGUUUUUGAUUAGUCUUGAAGUUGUACAAAAAUUAAAAAGUGUUGAGGCUAACACCUGAAAUUACCUAAAAUGUAAUUCCUGAGAAAUCAAUAGGUCCUAUCACUAUUUUUUUUUUUCCAUUUGUGAAUACUUGGUAUCUGCUGUUUACCAAUAUAUUAUAUAGAAGUCUAGUUCUAAUAAUUAUAUUCAUAUACGCAAGUUGAUAAUGAACUGUAUUUGUGUCUAAUGGCGGAUUUACUAGGGGAGGGGAGUGAUCUGGAUCACCGUCCUCUUUUUCCAAACACUGAGAUAAUUUUUAAAUAUAUAUGCAUUUUAGGACCUCUCCCAGAAAAUAUUGAAAAUCUGCUGUCUGUGUACCAUUAUUCCCUGAUCUGAGUACUGCUAUUAUUGAUGUUUUGUAAAUACUUAAUAAUUUUAAUGCAACUAGUAUAUUGCUUCUGAAUUCUUCAGUUUGUGUUCUAAUUCCCAUGUAUUUCAAUAUUUCUGGUUAAAUAUUAUCAGUUUAGCUUAGUUUUACAUCUUUAAAUGUCGCAGAAUAUCUGAAAAGUACACUAGUAUUGUACAUUUUUUUUUUAAAUUUCAAUUUUACUUUCACUUACUUAUUAUAAGCAUUAUUCUAAUGUAGGGAAAGAAGUGCUGUGAGAAGAACGGAAAAGAAGAAUGUUAUAGGGCCAAAUGGAGGAGUAGUACUAGUAAAAGUAAAAGUUUAAAAAAUGUUGGACAAAUUAGUUGUUAAAUAACUAUAAGAUUUCUUUAGUAACACACUAAUAGUAAAUGAUAAGAUACCAGAAGAGAUUUUGGUACCUUUAUUUUACAGGAAUGUGGAAAUUAUUAAGUUAUGAGUGUGAGCCAUUAUGUAAAAAUUUGGGAAGAGAUUAUAUGAAAAAAAAUUUUAAAUGAUGACAAAGUAGAUUAGGAUACAUAUUAAGUUAAUCGUUGUUGUUAUUUCUUGUUUAUACUUUCUGUAUGCUUUUGCUUUUAUGUAUUCUGUAUGAUAGUUAAUGUUUGUUUAGUCAAAAAAUUUUAGAUAUUAUAAUAAUGUUCAUAUUUGACCAAGUAAAAUUAUUUUGUAGUGGAUUAGGUUGUCAUGUAUCAAUGUUAUUAAUAAUUGUAAUUCGUUACUAUUUCUAACAUUAAAUAAAUGAAAAUAAAUAUAAUAAAAACAAAUUUAUGAACUCACUUGCUCAAUAUAGCAUAUAUUAAUGGUAUUUUGGCUUGCUUCCAUAAAAUCUUUUUAAAGGUGCAGGUGUGUAAAUAAGUGGGUCAUCAUUAAGUCUUAGCUGAAUAUAUUGUCAUUUGGUAUUAUUAUAAUGUCCAAUCAAUUGUAAGUAAAUUAUUAUUAUAGGUAAUAUCACAUACCCUAAUAGUGCAAAUAGUUUUAUUAUUUUCUUUAUGAACAAGCCUUAUGCUUUCAUCAAAGUACUGAAAAACUAAUUAAUCUUUAAUUUUACAGAGUAAAAACAAAAAACGGAAUAAGAUGGUACCAUUAGAUAAUAAAGUACUUGGCUUUAAUGUGGUCGCUUCAGAACGCAUCAAUGUUGGAGAACUUGAUCUUGGCGAAUAGGAUAACAUAUCAGCAUGUCAUUUUUACGUCAAAUUUGUUUUUUUUUUUUUUAGGAAUGAAUUAGACCUUGGAAAGGAAACUGUUUGAGUAUUAUAUGUCCAUGUUUCUCGUUGAAAAUAUUUUUUCUAUUUGAUAAAUAUAUAUAUAUAUAUAUAUAUAUAUAUAUAUAUAUAUAUAUAUUUGUUAAUUA